AUGUACAAUAAAGAAAACGAAUUCUUCGAUAAUGAUUAGUAGACUUAAUCUAAAGUAGUGAUUAAAAACUUGUAUUAGCUGCGAUAGCAGAGUGCAAAUAAGAACCGAGUAAUUUUUUCGCCUGCGGAGACUGAUAUUCACUCAUUAAACUUUGAUUAAAUUGAACCAAGCCAUAAUAACUAUCAGACGCACUAACAAUAAUAGCCCCAACAAUAUUUUUUGUCUAGCUAAAAUUUAUCAAAAUUCUAAAAUUUAACUGACAACAACGGCUUCAAGUUACUCCCAUUCACUAAUAAUGCAAACCAAUAUGAGCAUGUACCUCUAGGAAACAGCAAUAUUGACUACUUAGGCCAAAAUAUGGCAAGCAUCUCAUAGCCACAGCAUCUCCAAGAUUAAAUUACAAAUAUCACUUAAUUGAUAAAGUUAAUGCAAAAACAAGCUGAUGUCUUUGAAUAAUCACUCAAUAAAAACAGAGACGAAUUGAAGGAAUAGGAUAAGAGAGUUGACAAGAUUGAAAGAGAUGUAUUGCAAAUUAGAGAAAACAGCAAGAUAUCUAUUCUUGAAGAAAGACUCAACCUUAUUCAAGAUUAGAUCAAUGAUCAAUACAAGAUUCAAUUCAUGGAUGACAUUAAGAAAUCACUGGAAAGACAAAUGAAAGAGUAAGGAGAAUUUAUGAAAAAGGAAAUAGACGAUUUGAGAAAUAGGUUAAACAUGAUUGACGCUAAUAAUCUAGAAAAGGAUAAAUAAAGAUACAAUCUGAUCUAGCAAAGACUAAACACAUGGGUUGACACUGUAGAAAUUAAAAUAAACGAGAUAGAAAAGAGAUCUAUUAAUUAGCUCUAAAAAACAAGUUACAGACAGCAAAGAGAUAAUUCAUAGAUGCUAAUGGACAUUACUAGAGAUGCUGACAGAUCAAGUAUUUCUAAAUCUAAUGGGAAACAUCAACCAGGGAGAAGCUAAAACUCUGCAAAAAAAGAAACAUCUAAAGCGAGAGAUAAUAACUCGUCAUAGAUUAGAUAAUGUCAUAAUACUUCUAAUGAAAACCAUCGAAAGAGCUAAUCUAAGAAAAAAUAUAUUCCACUUAGAUCGCGAGAUUCAAGUGAGGCUAAAUCAUAAAAUGGAGUAAUUGUCAGAAGUUAAUCAGUCAAGUCAACUUUGAUACUAAGUGGAGGCGCUGGUGCAGGCUCUUAAAGAAUAUUAGGUUCUACUUUAGAUGCUUAAGAUUUGGAUUUUAAGAGUUUGUCAACUGAAAGAGCAAAUAACAGGUCAAGAAGAUAUGAUAGAGAGAGACAUAUUAAGUUCACUUAGCAAAAGGAUGUAUUUGAUUAGGAAUCAUUCGACAGUAGGCGAAUUCAACAGGAAUUCAAUAGAAUGAGGAAGAAAUCUAGAGAGGAUGCAUAGAAAAUAUAUUCAACUGAAGACCCAAGAGAACAUAGCAGAGAAAAACCUCAGGGUUCGAACUUUACUUAUUAAAACUACCAUAAUAACAGUGUGAAUUAGCCUAUAAGACAAAAUUACUCUACUGGAAAGCCAUCAAAGUAUUCUAAAAGACCUAAGAAUACAGGAAGCUAAGAACUAAGUGAAAACUCAGCUGCUGAUAAGUAUGGAUUUACAUUAAACUAACAGCAGAAGUUUAAGAAUUACUAUCAAGAUGAAUUUGAUCCAUCUUAGCAUUCACAGUCUAAGUUAUCAUUAGAUGGUGGUUCUUCUUACAAGAAUUACACAUAACAUAGAAUACCAUCUACUAACUAAUCUCAUUAACUAAGAGAUUAAUCUUCAUAAAAGAAAUCAUAGGUCAAAAUUUUCAAGUACACAGCAGCUAAUAGCUUGAAUAAUGCACCUUCUUCCAAAUAAAAGAAGGAAUAAAUGAUAAAAGAAGCUAUGGUUAGAAGACCGAAAGCUAAUGCAAGCAUGAUAGCUGGGACUAAGAAAGCAACCAAGAAUAGAUUUGAUAAAUGA